UCCGCCUCACGCCCUCUGUCUUCUGAGACCUGGAAGAAAGGGGUGGCUCCCCGUACCCCUCCGGAGCUUUCGGGAAGAUGGGGAGCAAGGCCCUGCCGGCGCCCAUCCCACUCCAUCCAUCGCUGCAGCUUACCAACUACUCCUUCCUGCAGGCAGUGAACACCUUUCCCGCCGCGGUGGACCACCUUCAGGGCCUUUACGGUCUCAGUGCAGUGCAGACAAUGCACAUGAACCACUGGACGCUGGGGUACCCUAACGUGCACGAGAUCACCCGCUCCACCAUCACGGAGAUGGCGGCUGCGCAGGGCCUCGUGGACGCUCGCUUCCCCUUCCCGGCACUGCCCUUUACCACUCACCUGUUUCACCCCAAGCAGGGGGCCAUCGCCCACGUCCUUCCAGCCCUACACAAGGACCGGCCCCGUUUUGACUUCGCCAACUUGGCGGUGGCCGCCACUCAAGAAGACCCCCCUAAAAUGGGAGACCUGACGAAGCUGAGCUCGGGGCUGGGAAGUCCCAUCUCGGGCCUCAGUAAACUGACUCCGGACAGAAAGCCCUCCCGAGGGAGAUUGCCCUCCAAAACGAAAAAGGAGUUUAUCUGCAAGUUUUGCGGCAGACACUUUACCAAAUCUUACAAUUUGCUUAUUCACGAGAGGACCCACACGGAUGAGAGGCCGUACACGUGUGACAUCUGCCACAAGGCAUUUCGGAGGCAAGACCAUCUACGGGAUCACAGGUAUAUCCAUUCCAAAGAAAAGCCCUUCAAAUGUCAGGAGUGUGGGAAAGGAUUUUGUCAGUCUAGAACUCUAGCAGUUCACAAAACUUUACAUAUGCAGGAAUCUCCACACAAAUGCCCCACAUGUGGAAGGACCUUUAAUCAGAGAAGUAAUCUGAAAACUCACCUUCUCACCCAUACAGACAUCAAGCCCUACAGCUGCGAGCAGUGCGGCAAAGUGUUCAGGCGAAACUGUGAUCUGCGGAGACACAGCCUGACCCACACCCCGCGGCAGAACUUCUAGCGAAGCCCAGGAUCGGUCCUGUGCGGCCGCGGCUCCCUCCCCCCCAAGACACCUCUCCGCGCCUCCCACCCGAGGGGCCCAC